CGUUUCAUCCCGCAACUGUAACUGUAAGUUUCCACUCUGAGGUCUUCUGACUCUUUAGGAACUGAUAGAAUCAUACUGUGGUUUUCGUGUCUGCUCACACUUUGGACAGAAAGAACCAAAUCUGAUCAUGUCUCACUCAGGUGCUCAAGGUAGCAUUGGCAGCCACUCUGCCACCAUUGGGCUGCGCAAUCACAAGAUAUACCUCUAUGAAUAUGAGAACUUCCAAGGCCGUAGGAUGGACCUGUUCGGAGAGUGCCGUAACCUGUGCGAGAAGGGUUUCGACAGAAUCGGCUCCAUCAGGGUGGAGUGUGGACCCUGGGUGGGUUACGAGCAGCAGAACAUGACUGGUGAGAUGUUCAUGCUGGAGAAGGGAGAGUAUCCCCGCUGGGACACCUGGUCCAACAGCUACAGGUGUGACCGCUUCAUGUCCGUCAGGCCCGUCAAAAUGGAUCCUCAGGAUCACAAGAUUUGCCUGUUUGAAUGUCCAAACUUCGAGGGCCGUAAGAUGGAGGUGUGCGACGAGGAUAUCCCAAGCCUGUGGUCUUACGGCUUCCAGGACCGCGUUGCCAGCAUUCAGGUCACCGGUGGAACCUGGGUGGGCUACCAGUACCCUGGAUACCGUGGCUUCCAGUACGUGUUUGAGAUGGGCCCUUUCAAGCACUGGAACGAGUGGGGAGCCCAGCACCCCCAGAUCCAGUCCAUGCGCAGGGUGAGAGACAUGCAGACGCACCGCAGAGGCUGCUUCGAGAUGACCGCAUAGAGAAGAGUCUAACAGCACACUAACAGGAAGGAAUAUCAGAGGGGUCCGGCUUGCCACGCUGCUAACCAUCCCUUGGAAAUUCUUCAACAGCCACCUAGCCACAUAAGCUAAUGGCUUUUGAAUAUUGUUAUGCUUUUACUGGUAGGAUUCGGGAGUAUGUGGCAUCGUGAAUGAUUCAGACUUCCAGAGUAACUGCAACACCGGUAAAAACUGUAGCAAUGCUCUCUGUCUACGACCUCAUAGAACGAUUACGAACGGGGGGGAUUAUAGGGGAUUAGUUUGUGUUUAUUAGUUUGUUUCAAUGCUAUUAUAACCCUUUUAUUUUAUUUUUAUUUACUAUGUGUUUCUAGCUGACAUGAUGCCAAUUAAAGCGCUCUCCCUCUCCUGGGAUCCACAGAUUUUAGAGAGUAAAGGGAUAAACAAUCAUAUCACUCCUCACAAAGUACUACCAUGGACAGCGCUCAGCUCUGCACAUGCCCUGCAGUAAGUUUGCCCAGCAGAGGGAGGCAAUAGCUCUUCAUCUCAGGCUCACUUCACUGAGAGGAAGAGGAAGAGGGCACCGGCCAGGGAAAGGUGGCUGUGCAGGGUUGUGUUUUGCAGAUGUGAAUAUCUUUUUGGCUGGCCCCAUUCCAGCUCAUUGAUGGGGCUGUCCGGAAGAUUUGCAUUUUACACUUUCUCAGGGAUGCUGGCAUCUGGAAAGCAACUUUCCAAUGAAGAUAAAAUGAAAUAAAAAUAUUAUAAAGGUGAAAGAUCA